AUGGACCCCGACCUCGAAAAAGUCCAGAGCAAUCCCAUCGCUCCCGCACGACAACCGACACAACCCCAGCACUCCACGGGCUCCGAUCUCCCAACCUGGCGGAAAUGCAUCAUCCUCUUCGUAGUCAGCUGGAUGACUCUCGCCGUCACCUUCUCCAGCACCUCGCUGCUUUGGGGCCCGCUGAUGCAUUUCCUCGGCAGACGAUUGGCUUAUAAUCUGGCGAUCCUGGUCCUGGCUUACGGGGACGUAUCGUAUCGUUUAUGGGUUUGGGGGCAGACUAUGUUGGCGGAUAUCUUUGAACCGAUCUGUCAGAGGAACGGCCGUAGGGUUCUCUUCAUGAUGGGUACAGUGACGGGGCCUGCAAGCGGUAAGUUUCUCUUCCUGGCCCUUGUAUCGGUGAUCGGUGGUGUCAUCGUCACCUUUUCCAGCUGGCGUAACAUCUACUGGCUACAAACCGUCAUGGCUGGUCUCGGGCUUGUUCUUUCUCUGCUUUCUUUUCGUUCCUGA